AUGGGAGCUGCAGUUUGGAACGGGGCUCACUUUGGGCGUCAGGACCCGAGCCCUCCUCCAGCACCUUGUCUCGGACUCUGGUUUCAAAGCUGUGGCGUAACGGGAACCAGCCCUCUGCAGUCACGAGCCCCAGACCCCAGAUUGGCAGUUGGCGACAUGGCGGCGGGCACGACUGAUAACCUCUCCGUGGUGUUGCACGGACCCGGGGACCUGCGCCUGGAAAACUAUCCAAUCCGUGAACCAGGCCCAAAUGAGGUGCAGCUGAAAAUGCAUUCAGUUGGAAUCUGUGGCUCUGAUGUCCAUUACUGGCAGCAUGGUCGGAUUGGAGACUUUGUGGUUAAAAAGCCAAUGGUGCUGGGACAUGAAGCCUCAGGAACUGUGGUGAAGGUGGGAGCAUCAGUAAAGCACCUUCUCCCAGGUGACAGGGUUGCCAUUGAGCCGGGUGUUCCCCGAGAAUUGGAUGAAUUUUGUAAGACUGGCAGGUACAAUCUGUCCCCUACCAUCUUUUUCUGUGCUACGCCCCCUGACGAUGGGAACCUCAGCAGAUUUUACAAUCACAACGCGGAUUUCUGCUACAAACUCCCUCACAAUGUCACCUUUGAGGAAGGGGCCCUUAUCGAGCCACUUUCUGUGGGGCUCUAUGCCUGUCGGAGAGGUGAAGUCACUCUGGGAAGCAGGGUCCUUGUGUGUGGAGCAGGACCAAUUGGAAUAGUCACUUUGCUGAUGGCUAAAGCAAUGGGUGCAUCUCAAGUGAUAGUAACUGAUAUGAUCAGCUCUCGACUGGAAAAAGCCAAAGAAUGUGGGGCCACUUUGACCCUCCAAGUCAAUAAGGAGAGCCCUCAGGAAGUUGCCAGUAAGAUAGAAAGUCUCCUUGGAAACAAACCAGAUAUCACCAUUGAAUGUAGUGGAGCACAGUCUUCUAUCCAGACCGGCAUCUAUGCCACUCGUUCUGGUGGGACCGUAGUGCUAGUAGGAAUAGGUAAUGAGAUGGCCACUGUCCCCCUGGUACAUGCAGCAGUGAGGGAGGUGGACCUUAGAGGCGUGUUUCGAUACUGCAAUACAUGGCCGUUGGCAAUCUCGAUGCUUGCAUCCAAGUUGGUGAAUGUCAAGCCCUUGGUCACCCACAGGUUUCCUCUGGAAAAGGCUCACGAGGCCUUUGAAGUGUCCAGUAAGGGAAUAGGGUUAAAAGUCAUGCUUAAAUGUGACCCCAACGACCAGAAUCCCUAAUACCGGUAACGAGUUCUUGCUCCUCUCUGCUCAGGGGCUCACUGACCAGAGUGCUUUGGAGGGCAUGGACUUUUUUGUCAAAAUGGUUUAUUUUGUAUCAUUAUGAAUAAAUAAAAGCAAUACAUUCUAACAGGA